UAAUCUAAUAGAUGGGAAGUCAUCAUGACCUCUGCCUUUGGAACAGUGUGAUGGUCAACAAUGUCGGGGGGAGAUGGCGGAUGGAUAGCUCACAAUUUGUUUCAACUGAGAACAAAAACGCCUUGAAACAACAUGAUUUGGAAUCUCCGUGCAUUCAUUCUGAGCGCCUGGCUCAUCGCCUUGGCUUCUGGUUGUGCGGAUCAUGACCAUCACCAUCAUGAAGAAGACCACGACCAUCACAGCAACCUCCGUGGGCUCAACGAUGAAGACCACGAAGAUCACCGCAACCUUCGCGGUCCCAACGAUUCAUUUAACAUUGGGCCAUUUCACUUUCGAAACUACCAAGAGUUCAAGGAAAGCGGACGACGUUGUGGUGCACAUGCACCGACCGAGGACGAGGAGAAAGGCUUCAAGGAAACAAUCAUGGCUUUCCGGGCUGAACAGAGGAAAAGGCGGGGAUCUGGUCGUGCGUUGCAGACAUCCUGCUUUCCCGUGACGAUCCCAACAUACAUGCAUAUCAUUCGCAGUGAUGGAACUGGUGCGGGAACUAUCAAUCCCCAAGAAUCCAUCGAUGUGAUCAACGCGGCGUUUCUCCCACACGGCUUUCAGUUCAAUCUCAUAACCACCACCAUCACAUUUGACACUUCAUGGUACCUUGGAGGUCAGGGCACUACAGAAGAAUUUGCCAUGAAGGAUGCGCUCCGCGUUGGAGGAGCAGGAGAUUUGAAUAUAUAUUUGACAGCCGGAGCCGGCCUUUUGGGGUGGGCAACUCUUCCUGGGCCUGGUUCUGCGAAUUCGUAUGAUGGAGUAGUGAUAGCCGAUGAGACGAUUCCUGGUGGAAAUCAGGCCCCGUACAAUGAGGGCGACACUUUGACCCAUGAAGUUGGACAUUGGCUUGGAUUGCUUCAUACAUUCAAUGAUGGAUGUGCUGGUGGCGACGGAGUUGACGAUACCCCUCCUGAGGCAUCUCCAGCAUUUGGUUGCCCAGCUGGUCGUGAUACGUGCACCGAACCAGGGUUGGACCCAAUCAAGAACUACAUGGACUAUACUGACGAUUCUUGCAUGGAUGAGUUCACUCCAGGCCAAGCUGAACGCAUGCAAGCAUUGUGGUGUCAAUGGCGAGUUGAAGGAGAAUGUUGCGUCACACCGGAGCCAAGCAGCCAACCAAGCAGCACACCAAGUACCACGCCGAGUACCACGCCGAGCAGUACACCGAGCAGCACACCAAGCAGCACGCCGAGUAGCACGCCAAGCGCUACUCCGAGCAUUGCGCCCUCAACAAGUCCCUCCGCUGCAGUACCUUCAGCGUCGCCCUCCGCCGAACCGUCCCAGCCUCCAAGCAUUGCUCCAUCCUCUUCUCCUUCAAGCUCCCCUUCUGUUGCGCCCAGCGGUGCUCCAUCGUUGCCAGCAGUGCCUUCUCAGACACCCUCAAACACACCCUCGGCAAGCCCCAGUCAUGCUCCCAGCAUGACCCCAACAAUCUCCAACUUUCCGUCCACAACUCCUAGCCUUGCACCCAGUGAGGCCCCUAGCGACACACAGAAUCAGUGUAGUGUCGAGAACGAACCAUGCUCGUGUAACGAAGACUGUUGUAGCAGUAAGUGCAGUCGAAGAUACAAGAAAUGCGUGGGAGGUCGAAGCCCUCGAAACCACAGUAGCAGUCGAAGUGGCAAGCACGAUGGAAGCAGUAGUAGUCGAAGUGGCAAGCACGGUGGAAGCAGUAGCAGUCGAAAAGGAAAACCCUUUGGUGGGAAGCCUGGUCGCGGAAAGCCCAAGCCCAAUGGAAAGCCUGCUGGUGGGAAGAAAAAUGCCAAGCCUAGCCGACUCCAAAAGAAAUACAAAAAGCUCAAGAAAGGUCGUAAAACCAACUGAGGGCAAAGGGCGUGGAAGUAUUGAUUCAAAGCGUUCAUUCCGUCGAGGACCAAAUAUCAUUAGUUGAUAAAGAGCGCUGAUAGACAAAGUUUGCAUAUUG